GGUGGUCCGUUUUGCGUAAAUUGCACGUGGUUAGUCGGCUUGAAAUUUUGUUGUUAUAAUACGUCACUAGCUGUUGCCGCUACGUUUUAAUUUUCCAGCGUUUCACGCCGGUUUUGUUCAGAGUGAUUUGGGUGCGACCAGUUUUUGUCGAGUGAGCAAACUGCUCAUUACAGUGUCUUUUACGAGAUCAACAAUUGGCAAAGUGGCGAGGAACCAUGGUCCCGUGUCAGCCCAGACAACUUGUGAUCCUCUCUCUGCCGUUCGCCGCGCUCGUCGCGUUCUUCUGGUUCAAGCGCAGGAAGAGUCUGUCACGCAGUGACCCCGGCGGGACUCCAGUGCGACCGAAACCAGGUGAUACUGCAAUCAAAGGAGACCCACAGACGAGUGAGGUCAUCAAGAAGAAGAUCGAGACUGUAGAAGCAAUCAAGACAGCUGUAGAAGUGAAGAAACCAUCUGUAGAAGAAGCUGUGGUGGCCAAGACAGUCGCCAAAGAAGAGUGUUUCCGAAAAUCUAUUGAAGAAGAAGCGGCUGAGUUGGUAAAAUCUCUUGAAACUGCUUGUGCAGAGAUCAAAGAAAUUGUAUGCAACAGUUCUGCUGUUCAGACCAAAGAAGAAAAUCCUUGUCAGGACUUUGAAAACAAUCAGAUUUUUCACAGCACCAUCAUCGAGUCUGAGAAAGAUUUAGAAGAAAAGCACAACAAUUUGGUGCUCAUACAAGAGGAAGAAGUUUGUGUAGAAGAAGUCUGCGAGAAAGAAGCAGAAAAGUCCGAACAGUGUUGUGAGUCAAAUCACCCUGAAGCUGCAGACCUAGAACAGACUCAAACAGUUGCAUUUGAAGAUCAAAGUACUUUGGAGUACAAUCCUACCAAGAAAACUGUCAUAGAAGAGUCUCAUACCAGUGAAGCGACAGUGAUUGACAACAACUGCGCCUCUAGCAGCACGGACACAGAGAACACGUCAGUGGACACCGGACUGGGCAGUCAAGAUCCUUCCACAGUGGAAGAGAACACGAUGGCUCAGGGACAGAAGACUGAGAAGAAUGAAAGUAACACAACUGGGCUGGAGGAGAAACUGGCGUCAUUGGGAUUGGACACAACACAACAGCCAGCGCAGCGCAGUGAACGUGAUUCAGCCAAUCACAGUCCGGCCGAGGUGAUGCUGAACAGUCCUGCCAUCAGCACCUUCUCAGACGCACACAGUGAGGUCAUGAGUUGGUUGAGCCGUUGUGAACCCCUUGACUGCGGGAGACCACCAAAGGUAGAAACGUUUGACUAUGGGCCGCACACGUUUGUUCCGAUUCCACCUCCUCUCUACCUAUGGACCUUUCCUACCUUCCCUGAAUGGGGCUCCAGUGACAGUGGGAAAGGUUGCAGUGAUGUCGUGACCCCGCCGUCCCGUACCCCCGCGGGGGGCUCCAGUGUGGCGGGGGACCUGGCCCCCUCUGUGUAUGAGUUUGUGCUGCCUCAGGUCAUAGUAGGCCGGCUCAUCGGCCGACAUGGAACCUUCCUACACGACAUACGCGCCAAGACACAUACACACGUCUUCAUAAAAAAACACCCGGAAACUAGCAGCCUCAAGAUUUGUGCUAUUGAAGGAACCCAACAAGACAUUGAUGCAGCUUUGAAGAUGAUUCGACAGAAGUUUCCCAUCAGGAGAUUCCCAGACCUUACCUUGGAGAAGGUGUCUUUUGUCAAGGACCCAUGCAUGCCCAUGGAUUUUGAAAGCCUGCAACUGCACCUGGUGGAAGGAGUCAACAACGACGUGAUCCUCUCAAGCCUCAUCACUGCAGGCAACUUCUUCCUACAGAUGCCUUCGCAUCUCUCCUACCAGUGCCUUUACAAGCUGGCUUGCCUGAUGAACACUGUGUACAACACGCAGGAAAGCCCCGCGUUGGUGGAGCCGCAGCCCAACGUGGUCUGCGUGGCGCCUGCGCACGGUGGCUGGUACCGUGCGCAGAUCAUGACUGUGGACGAGGAGACCAACACCACAGAAGUCAAGUUUCUGGACUACGGUGGAUACAUGACGGUGGAUAACUCUUGUCUACGUCAAAUACGUGGAGACUUCCUCAUGCUACCUUUCCAGGCCGUGGAGUGUGUCUUGGCCAAUGUCGUACCUGCAGGUGGUGAGGAGUGUUGGUCAGAAGAAGCCAGACAGUUUGUCCAACUGAUGACUACCAACCAGACACUUCAGGCGCAGGUGUACGACUACACAGAAGCAGGGCUGCCACUCGUCUACCUAUAUUGUACCCAGUUCUACCAAUCCCUCACAGACCCGAGCGGUUACGAGACCAAAGUGGUGUUGUUGAACCAAGAGCUCGUUUCUCAAGGCUACGCAGACGUCAUACAAGAGGACCAAGCCACGGAGCCUGAGUCUUCUUAGUUCCACUCUGUACAUAACUCUCGAUUGUUAACUAUUUGUACAAAUUCUCGGUUAGAUUAAGCCCCCGUUUGGUCAGAUAAAAGGUUACGUUGCAUUUUUCGUUCUGUCUGACAGAUCGACAGAUGAUUUUGACGAAUGCAAGAGCGGAUUCGACAUUUUCCUGAUUUUUUUUGUUUUUUGAAUCCUAUAUUUUGUUAGUUUUAUCGUUAAGUUUUGUCUCUGUCGGUCGACAGUAUUUUUCCCUUUAACCUGUUACUUUUAGUUUUCAUAUUGUGAUAUAAUUUGUACAUUUUUUAAGUUUUACAUUUAUCUACUUAGUCCAGUUUUAAUGGUCAGAGCUAAGUAUUUAUUUUUUGUCGGUUGAAUUGUACGACCACAGAAAUAGUUGGAAACUACACAGUAAAAAUUAAAUUUUUAAAAAGGUUCUAUGCAUUUCUUGGAUAGAUUUGGGACAGGAAAUUAUUGGUAUUGACGUUGUUGUAUUCUUGUCAUACUGUUAAAUGGUACAUAAUAUUACAUUUGAUCCAAACAAUAUAAAUUUGACUUGUUGUAACGGUAUCUCUUUUCUACGGUCGUGUUUUUGUUGUCUUGGGAAUGACAAAUGGUGGAACACUUGACUAUUUAAAUAUUUUGUGCUUGUGAUCGGUUAAAUUUGACCUUUUUGCUACUUAUGGUGCUUUCAGUAGAUUUGAGAAGCAAUUUGUAUCGAAGCUACAACAAAAGUUACUACUGUGUGUGUAAUUUAGAUGUAUCUUCUUUUCGCUUGCUCGUGUUUAUUGAAUUUCAAGAGAAGAAAUAUUUAUUGACACAUGAGGUCUUGUGAUCUUUGAUUCAACAGGAUUGUGAAUGUGAAAUCAGUUAACUAAAUUGUCAACAAAAUAUUCACUGGCGAUGCAAGAUGUCGAUAACCAGGAAAGAUCACUGAAAGAAUCCUCAUUCAUUACUUGUAUCUCUGUAAACAUAGUUAAAUGUCAAUGUCAACAAGUCGUGCUCAAGCACAUAUUGUUGAAAAGCAUACCAUAUUACCUUAAUUUAUUAAAAUUGUAAUUGCAAUGACGCAAGUUAUAAACGUAAUCAGUUACUAGUUACUACAUAAAGAGUCAAUCCUACUUUCAUAAAAUCUUAUUUUACGUUGAAAACACUUAAUUUCGUUGUGUGUACAAAUAGAACGAAUAUUUGCUUGAUAUGUUUCUGUUAAAAAGAUUAAUAAAAAUUCCUUGUAAAAAUAUACGUUGUAAAAUUUGUUUUAUUUUUUAGAAACGAUUUUCAUUGUUUUUUAUCUUAUUAAUCAGAUUGUAUACGUGCCAAAUGUUAUUUUCUUCUGAUUGAGCAUUUAUUUGUUACUGCCACGUUAGUCAUCCCGUUCAGUACUUUAAUCAACAAACAUGGGUAUUUGAUAGAAUAUGUUAUGUUAAUAUAAUUCAUAGUAGUGGUUUUUUAUGUGUUUUCCCAUGUUACUAGUUCCCUUGUACUUGUGGUAUAAAUAUUUUGUACAUAUUCAUUUAUUAUUUGUAAAAUAAAAUAAAACUUUCUAAUUUAA